CUACACAGUAUCUCUCUCAGUCACGUCGGUCUUUUCCGUUACACCAUCUUCCCGUCUCUCUGGUUCGCACGCGAACGCGAACUUCCGGCAUCUCUAUUCCGUCGACACCGCAGCUUUGGAGGACACGCUGCUCGCUACCAGCGACGUGGUACUGUGAGUAACAUUAGUACAUAGAUGCAUUGAAUAGAAACUCAACGCACUCCAACACCUCUCUCGACGCGUACCAGCACUACAACUAUGGGGAGAAGAAGCAGUUCUAUUGGGAGUCAUCGCCGCCGGUCGGUGGAGGAUGCUAGUGCGGAUGCCGCUGCAGAUGCGGCGCUGAAGAAAAUGGGGUAUACCAGCGAGUUACCCAGGAAUCUUAGUAUGCUCAGUAUACUGGGAAUGAGCUUCGCCAUCAUGGCGGUCCCCUUUGGCCUGUCCACUACGUUAUACAUCACACUCACCGACGGCCAAUCCGUUACUGUCCUGUACGGCUGGAUCCUUGUUUCUCUUAUCAGUUUAUGCAUUGCCGCUUCCCUAGCAGAAAUAUGUGCUGUUUAUCCCACCGCUGGCGGCGUCUAUUACUGGUCUGCCAUGCUGUCCACCCGCAAAUACGCCCCGGUGGCCUCUUGGGUAACAGGCUGGCUAACCCUUGUCGGUAACUGGACGGUCACGCUGAGUAUCAAUUUCUCCGGAGGGCAGCUCAUUCUCUCGGCAAUCACGCUCUGGAAGGAGGAUUUCGUGCCGAAUCAGUAUCAGACCAUCUUGAUGUUCUGGGCUGUCAUGCUUGUGUGCAUGGCCGUGAAUAUAUGGGGCGCCAGAUAUCUCGAUUUGAUCAACAAGAUCUGCAUUUAUUGGACCGGUGCAAGCGUCAUCAUCAUCUUGAUUACGCUUCUUAGCAUGGCGGAUACCAGACGCAGCGGCGCCUUCGUCUUCGGUCACUACGACGCGAGCGCAAGUGGAUGGCCCUCUGGCUGGGCCUUCUUCGUCGGGCUCCUGCAAGCCGCCUACACCCUCACGGGGUAUGGCAUGGUCGCCGCCCUCUGUGAAGAGGUCCACUCCCCCGAGCACGAAGUCCCCAAAGCCAUCGUCCUUAGCGUCGCCGCCGCCGGCCUGACAGGCAUCAUCUACCUCAUCCCAAUCCUCUUCGUGCUCCCCGACGUCUCCAUGCUUUUAUCCGUCGCCAACGGCCAGCCGAUCGGCCUCCUGUUCAAAACCGUCACGGGCUCCGCGGGAGGCGGGUUCGGCUUACUUUUCCUGAUUCUGGGCAUCUUGUUCUUUGCAGGUGUGGGUGCGUUAACGGCGGCUAGCAGAUGCACGUACGCAUUCGCCCGCGACGGCGCCAUCCCCGGCUCCCGCAUCUGGCGCCGCGUCGACAAACGCUUCGACAUCCCCCUCUGGGCGCUCGUCCUGUCCACCCUCGUCGACUGCCUCCUCGGCCUCAUCUACUUCGGCAGUUCCGCCGCCUUCAACAGCUUCACGGGCGUAGCCACCAUCUGCCUCUCCACCUCGUACGGCAUGCCGAUCCUGAUCUCCGUCCUCCGGGGCCGUCGUGCCGUCAGGAAUUCGAGCUUCAGCCUCGGGAGAUUCGGGUAUGCGAUUAAUAUCGCCAUGAUUGCGUGGAUCUGUCUUGCCGUUGUGCUCUUUUGUAUGCCGGUUAGUUUGCCCGUGCAGGCGGCGACGAUGAAUUAUGCGAGUGUGGUGUUUGCGGGGUUUGCGAGUGUGAGUGUCGUGUGGUAUUUUGUUAGGGGGAGGAAGUCGUUUACGGGGCCGCCGGUGCGGGUUGAGGAGGAGGUUGAGGGGACGGAGGAUGGGGUUGUGGGGGUCGAGGCGGCGAAGGUUGUGGAGACGACGGGUGCGGAGCAGCAUAUUGAGGGUGUGGAAGAGAAGGCGCUCGGUGAGGAGAAGACGGUGUGAGAGGGCGAGGUGGACAGGAUUGUUGGGGGUUUGGGCCCAGGAAGGUGUGUUGUUGGGUAACACUGAGGAUGCACUAUUUUGGAUGGAGAGUUUUUGUAUUCCCUUCUCUCCAUGAACUUGGAGUCACGUAUAAUCCCAAUAGCAAGGUGCGCCCGAACAGCUCAAUUCAGCCAAGAAACAACCCGGUUAAACAUCCGCGGAGAAUACGAAGAAACCGCC